AUGUUAAGGGAAACAGCCUUGCAUGUAGCUAUCGCCCACGGCUCAGAAGAUAUUGUUGAGGAACUUUUAAAAAUAAUUCAUGCUAACAAAAAAGAGUUCGAGAAUGCUCUAAAAUAUAAAAACGAUCAAGGGAAUACCCCUUUGCAUGUGGCAGCAUCAACAGGGAGUCUGAGGACGUGUAUCUGCAUUGCUGAAGCUGAGCCAUCAAUGGGGAAUGAACUUAACAAGGAGGGUAAGAGCCCUCUCUUCUUGGCUGCUCUGCUUGGUAGAACAGAAAUUUUCUUUCACCUCCAUUCCAUCUGUGAAAGCCACCUAGGCACAUCCUACUAUAGAAAAGAAGAUGGUGAGACAAUUCUACACUGUGCCAUCAAAAGGGAGUAUUGGGAUUUGGCAUAUCGGAUACUUCUCUUACACGGAGAACUUGCGAUUUGUGUGGAUGAGAAUGGAAUAUUGCCGAUCCAUCUCUUAGCAGAGAAGCCUUCUGCCUUCCGAAGUGGUUGUCACCUUGGAUGGUGGAGCAAGAUCGUUUAUUAUUGGACACCAGUUGAUGUGCCUAAAAAAAUCGAUACAAGUCUUAAAAGGCGUGAACACAAAUUUCCGGAGAACUACCAAACAUGCUUCAGCUUCAUUCAAUUGCUGUGGAGGUGGACCAUAAUUCCAGUUGGAAAAGUAUGUGACAAAGGCAAAAAAGCAGAUGAAGAGAAUCCUGAAAGAUCGAAUGUUACUCUCAAAUUGAGACAUGAAGGUGAGCCACAGGUAGACAAAGAGACACCCAUACUGUCUGCAGCAAAAAAUGGAAUCAUAGAAAUGGUUGAGCGAAUACUACGCAGGUUUCCAAUGGCUAUCCAUGACGAAACGAGCGAAGGAAAAAAUAUAGUAAUGCUGGCAGCCGAGUACAGACAAACACAAGUAUAUGAGCUAUUCUGCAAGAGACAUUUACGGAUAGAGAGUAUGUUUCAUAAACUGGAUAACCGCGGGAAUAGCGCAUUACACCUUGCAGCCAAACAAAUAGAGCUGAAGACGGGCCUAAUUCCUGGGGCUGCAUUGCAAAUGCAAUGGGAGAUCAAGUGGUAUGAGCACAUAAUGAAGUCCAUGCCACGAGGCUUCCUUCAUCUCCCCAACAAAGAUGGCAAAACUCCAGGGGACGUUUUCAUGGAUACGCAUAAACUUCUUGUCGAAGAGGGUGGGAAGUGGCUAAGUGACACAUCGAAUGCAUGCUCAAUUGUAGCAGGUCUCUUUGUCACUGUUGCCUUUAACAUGUCAACCACCGUCCCUGGUGAGCUGGAUGAAAAAGGCAAUCCCCGCCUCGAAAAACAACUGGCAUUUAAUAUUUUCGCCAUCUCAUCCUAUAUAUCCUUCUAUUCUUCACUGUUAGCGAUGAUCAUGUUCCUUGCAAUCCUCACUUCCGGGAACAAAGAAAGCAGUUUUCGUAGCACCCUACCAAUGAAGCUUUUGUUCGCUUUAACAGCAUUCUAUGUGUCUAUAGCAUCUACCGCGAUAUGUUUUUCUGCAGCACACUUCUUCAUUCUAAGACAAAAUCUGAAAUCUGCAGCUUUUCCAGCAUAUUCAUGGGCAGUGCUGCUGCUAAUAUGCUUUGCUAUAUCAGGGUUUCCACUAUACUUUCAUUUGACAUGGGCUAUCUUCAAAAGAGUGCCACAUCAUCACCAAAUGAUAACUCCAGCUGGUUUUCAUAUUAAACAUUAA